ACAGCUGGUGGGAACGGCGGGGGAUUCUGACGCUGACCUGCCGUGCGCUCUUAUUGAGCAGAGCAGAGCCAAAGGCGCGACGCUGCAGCUUUUCCGCUUUUCCCAAUGUGAGGGCCGCACAGUUGAGUAUUCGCACGCGACGCGAGCGGGCUGCCAAAAGUCGAACAUGCGCCACGCUUCACUGGCCAGCUGGUAUGCCAGCAACACACCGAUGACGCACUGCAGCACACUGUUGCUGUUGUUGUGCUUGAUGCUGUCGCACGUGCGGGCAAACGACACCAACAAUAAUAAUAAUAAUAAUGCAGAUGAACUGUGCAGCAUACGCGCCACGUUGUUUGUGACGCCACCGGAGCAGCGCAGUAAUGAGGACUUUGGUCUGCCGCUUGACAUUGACUGCGCCGGCGCCAACAACAACAGAAGCAGCAGCAACAUCGCAAGCGCCUUUGAUUUGAGUGCGCAACGUGUGGCGGGCAAGCGACAUGUGCUCCUAAAUGGCAGUCAGACGCCACCGCUGACCGUUGCCAGUUAUGGACUGGAGUAUUUGGACAACUGUGCCGAGCUACAAACCAUCGAGAUUGUGCAUUUUGUGUUGGAUGCCAGCCUGACGCUGAGCUGCAAUGGCUACCAGUUGGACAACCUGCAGGCGGUCAGCCUGCGCCACAAUGAGCUGGGCAUACUGAGUGGCCACAGCUUUGAGUUGUUGCCGCACUUGAAGCAACUCCAGCUGGAGGACAACACGCUGCGCCUGCUCGAAACGCUCAGCGGCGGUGCGGAGCUGGAGCAAUUGAUUAUCAGAAGGGAGCGACAGCUGUCCUUAAGGCAGGCCGAGAUCUUUAAGGAGCUGAGGAAAUUAAAACGCUUGGAGCUCAUACAACUGAAGCUGGUCGAGGGUGAUUUUCUGGCUGUGCUGCCGGGUCAGUUGGAGGAACUGCUCAUCCUGCAAACGCCGAUUGUGCCCCGCCAGCUGAAGCUCGCCAAUGGCAGCGAUCAUCUGGUUAAUUUGACUUUAGUUCAUUGUGAGCUGAAUAUAUUUGAACUAGAGCCAUCGGAAGAAUCCAAGCUGUUGCAUUUGAAUCUAAGCGGCAACGCCUUGAGGCAUUUACAAGUGAAUACUAGCUCCCUAAUCAGCCUGGAUCUCAGCGGGAAUUAUUUGAGGAGUCUGAACAGCAGCUGGUUCGAUAAGUUGCCGCAGCUGCAAACGCUGCUGUUGCAGGGGAAUCAGCUGCAGCGGAUCUCCUGGGCGCAGCUGGUACAGUUGGCGCCGCUAAGUCUGAUCGAGUUGGAUUUGAGUGGCAAUCAGUUGCUGCGACUUGAUGACACCGCCCGAGCUGGCUGGGAUCAGCGGCAACAGCUGCGCAUCAAAAUCGAUGAUAAUCCGUGGAGCUGUCAGUGGUUGCUCAACUUUUCACAUACACAGCCGCAGCUCUUUCGAUUAUUCCGCUAUGCCAAGUACAUAUCACAGAUCAAUGUGAAUGGGCUCAGUUGCAGGCCACAGCUGGACGAGGAGCAGCGGCAACAGAAGGGUUCAAUAGAUCCAACUGAAGAAAGUGAAGAAAUUCAACAGUUGCUGCAACGCAAUUCACUCUUGAAUGUCUCCAGUCAUACGGUGCUCUUUGGCAAUCCCAUCAACCAGUCACACAGCCAGAGAGCGGAGGCACUCAUCAUUGUGUUCAUGCUACCGCUGGGCAUUGCGCUGCUCUUCCUGCUGCUGUAUCUGUAUCUGCAUUGCGAACGACUGUUCCACUGGUCCUAUUAUUCCGGUGGAUUUCCCUGCUGUGCGGGCAAGUCGGCGACAAGUCAUGGCUAUGUGGAUCACUUUGAUAUCGUUCGUUAUGGCAAUAGCACUGUUAGCGUCGCAGGGGAUCUGGAACCGCAGGCGGAUGGCUAUGAGACGCCACUGAGUGGCGCCACCUCCAUUUGCAAUUGUGCCGGGCACAGGCAAUCGACGUGCUCGCGUAGCCAUCACGUCACCUACGAAGCGAUGCCCACGGAGCUGCCAUAUCAGUUGUACACAGAGAUCAAGGAUCAGCCAGACGUUGAUGGGGGGGAUCAGACGCCUGCCUCAACGGGGCCCAUUUACGAUCAGUUGACGUUCGAGGAGGAGGAGAAGCCGCUGGAUGUCUAGUAGUAAUAUAGAUAUAUAUUAGGUAAACAUGUAUAUUGAUAUGAGUCUAAUCUAUCCUGACAGCUGGUGCAACCGGUGAGGAUUGCUCCGUCUCCCAGUUUUGGCAAGAAUUAUCAUGUUACGUCUUGUUGUUGUUUGGUGUGUAAUUUAUUGCUAAGUCAUAAUUCUAAUUAAAGUUAAUCAAUCAUUUACGAUA